GAAUCGAGAUUUAAAUUAUUCUAAUCGCGAACUUGAGUUUUAUACUCUUCAUUCUUUGUUGCGUAGGCAGCGAUUCUAUUUUUAGAUGCUGAGCUUCUGUUUACAUCUUUCGUCACGGUACAUUGUUGGUCUGUUGUCAUCUAGACUAGAUUUAGACUAGACUUGGAAGACGUGAACAUAAUCUAGUCUAGUUCUAGAUAGAUCUAGUGUCUCUAGUCUAAAUAUGCUUAAUAAUUCAAUAUGUGUGUAUAAACUGAAGAAUCUAGAGUUGAAUCAGAAAGACAAGUUGAUGAUCAGGGUCUAGACUGUCGCUGGGGUCGGCUCACGAGAACUUGAUGAGUGAAAUAAUUUGGAUUAGAUCUACUAGACUCUAGACUAGAUAUAUCCUUAUCAAUAUGGCGGACGGUAUUUCGGCGUAACAGCUGAUGGCUGAAAAGGACACAGAUCUAGAUCUAGGUAACAAUAGUAGAUCUAGAUCUAAUUGCGAAUGUAUCAACACUUCCAACAACGGCAACAUUAUAAUAACAGAAAGUGAAAGGUUUCUACCAGAUAAAAAAGAAUGCACCUCUAAUAUCAUGAACAUCUCCAAAGUUUCAAAAACUUAUGCGGGCAAUACUGCCAGUAGAUCAUCUAAUAGUUACAAUAGUAGUGACAGUAACAGUCACAGUGUGAGUGUACAAUCUGAAUCUAUGAUAGGAGGAGUAGAUCUAGAUCAUGAACAAGAUCUAGAUCUAACACACACACUUCACGCAGUAGAUCUAGAUCCAGAUCUGGAAGAUGGAGAGCAACUUGAACAAUCUAAAAGAUGUUCUAAAUCUAUACUUCACAAAGAGACUCUCGACUCCCAUCUUUCUACUCAGACUCAUGUUAUGAAUACAGGUCAAGCAGAGUCUCAAUCUGAUCCUCACCUUGCAAGGAAAUCUCUGAAAGGAAAACAUAGCCUCAACAGUCGUUUUUUUAAGCAUAUUAUCAGUGGUACAAGCUGUGUACCAUCUUCUAGUGAUUUAUCUAUGUCCAUAGAGGCAGAUGAUGAUGAUAUUGACAACUUGAGUAUAGAUUUAAAUGAUGAUAUAGUUUAUACUGAAGCUGACUUGAAGAAAGCCAAAGUGUCAAAUAAAGCAAGUCCAAACUCAAGCACAUUGUGUUGGCACUGUGGCAGCUAUGCAAGUCCUACUAGCUCACUCUCUCUAUCCUCAUCCUUUGAAGUAGACGAUGACAAUUUUAAAUCUUUUGAUCUUCCUAUAUUUUACUUUGAUUCAAAAGAUCAUCUCUUCCCAGACUGGGAAUCAGAUCAUAGCAGCACUAGCAGCAUCAGUCAUGAGAAUAUGGACGAUUGGGCGGAUGUUGACAGUAUGUAUGACAAUUUAGAUGAUAAAUUUGAAGAAAUGCGCCAGAAGAGAAGUCAAGAUCCUCCUCCACUUUACCCUCACCGAGCUCUCCUCUACUUGGAGUGUAGCAUUUGUUUGAUCAAGUCAUAUUUACGACGCAGAGUGUGUUGUGAUUUUCAAAUUUGUCAUGACUGUAUGUCAGCAUAUGUCUCUGUCAAGGUCAGUGAAGCCAAAGUUCAAAUUGAAUGCCCCAGUGACCGGUGCAAUGUCCUUGUUCACCGUGAUGAAAUUAAUGAACGACUGCCCAAUGAGAUGAGAGAUAAAUUUGCUAAAUUUUUGAUCGACGCUAAUGCAGAUCCUUGUGAGAAAACAUGCCCAGCCUGUAGUAAGGGAUUCUCAAUCAAACCAGAAACUCUGGCCAAAAAGAAAAAGUCAAAAUAUGGACUUAAAGUUACCUGUGGACAGUGCUGUCUUGUUUGGUGUUUUUUAUGUCAUGCACCUUAUCACACUGACAUUACAUGUAAGCAAUAUAAAAAAGGAAACAAAAUGGUGAAAAAGUGGGCUAAGGAACGAAGCUGUGGUCAGAGUAAUGCGCAAAAAUGUCCCAAGUGUGGGAUUUAUAUUCAAAGAGUUCAUGGCUGUGAUCACAUGAAAUGUACUAAGUGUCACACAGACUUUUGUUACCAAUGUGGAGAUAGAUAUAUUAGUAUCAAGUUGCUUGGGAAUCACUGGAGCCGCUUUUCUCCUUUGGGAUGCAAAUACAGGCUGAUGCCAAAGAGGCCAGGUCUUCGUAAAUUUAUAAGGGGGACUAACUUUGCUGCUCGAGUGGUUGCUGGAGUUAUAUUAGCAGGUCUAGGGUUGGCUGCUGGAGUGGUCCUUGUGGGAGCAAGUGUUGUCAUUGUUCCAGGAUAUGGAAUUUUUAUGCUGAAGCAACACUUGUGGCGUAAAAAACAAUUGAAGAGAUUUAAAAAGCAAAAGAUGGAAAUGAUCGCUAGAGCAGAGAGAGAGAGACUGCGACUGGCUAAUUUACCUCCUCCUCCACUUUCUUCUGAUCAACCAAUGGACGUAGAGCCUCACAUUAUGGAGGAUCUUCAACAAGUUAAAGUAAUGGUUCACAGAUCUUUGAGCUUCAGUCCAGAGGAGGCCAAGGAUCUCAGCAAGGAUAUCAUCGUUAACAAGUAUACCACAGACAAUGCAGAGCUGUCUAUUGCUAGAGAGACUGGAGAUGAUUCCAUACAUUUAUUUAAUUUCUCUGAGGUAGUGGAAGUGAAAAAUCCAAAUGGUUAUUCCACCAUUGUGUGCAACAUUGUAUCCAAACUAGGAGAAAAUGCAGCAACCCACUCUUCAGAUUUCGAUUCAGAAUUACUGGGCAAUGAAGAAGCUUGUAUCAAAGGUAUAAAUAACCUUUCAUUGCAAUCUGGAGAGACUGACAUGGACACAAAGGUUAUUCAUUGUAAAUCUCUUUCUGUCACUGCCCAUGAAUAUGAGGUUACAGAAACAGAAAGUGGUUAUGAUGAAGGUCAUGAAGAUACUAAAUGCGAUUCAUAUAAAAAGACACUAUUGGAGAUGACCAACAGCCAGGAGAAAAAUAAUGGUUGUUUUUCAGAAUACAAUAAAGUCAAUAUGUCAGAAGUUUUAGUAAAUGAUAUUUCUGACAAAGACAGAGGCAGCAUAAAAGAUGACAGCAAUGGCUGCUUUGGAAAUAUAUUUUCUAAGAGGAUUCAAAAUUCUGUCAUCUCCACCGAGGAUCUUUUCCCGAAAAGUCAAGUGCCCAGUUUUUCCAGGAAAUUUUUAAGCAAAAAGGCUGCCACUUGGGAAAAAUGUCAUUGUGACAAGGUGAAAUCACUUCUCAAGUUGAAUCCACAAGAGUCUAAAGGUGAUUUAAAUGAUAGUCAGUCAUCAACUAAUAAUGAGAGAACAAAGCAAGCUAUGGCACUGUUGACUGGAGAUGAAACCAAAAAUGUAAUAUCUACCAACAUUUGUGUAUUGGAUCACUCUGAUAUCUCAUUCAGGCAAAGAGAUAGCCUCCCUAAUGACUCAACUAUACAGCAAGAUAUUUCAUACUCUAUGGAACAAAUAUCCUACCCUGCUAAAGCUCCCCCAUGUCUUUCUUCUACCACAGUGGCCCCUGAUUCAACUUUUGGUGUUGAUCAGCAACUGGACGUUAAGCCAAAGUUAGAAUCACACUUUGAAGAGGAAAAUGUUUCCCAGUACACUCUUGUCACUUAUCUAUAAUUAUUAAAUAAUCCUUUUUUUUUUGUUUCUUGCAUUUAUUUGUAAAUCAUUUGUGUAUUGUUUGAAUUGAAUUUGAAAUGUAUUCCCAACAACUACUGAAAAAUUGAUCGUUUUGAAUUGUUCAUAAUCCCAACUAAAACUUGUAGCCAAAGCAAAAGUUAUUUGUAAUUUUUUUUCUUUCUAAAUGUCAUGUAUUACUUAUGAUUGUAUUGAAUUCUAGACAGAAAGUGUUUAAAUUAACGUAUAAAAAGUCUAAGAAAUUGGCUACUUCAUCUCCAAAAAGUUAGACCAGAGUCGUAUUGGUGACAAUGGGUGCAGGGAGUAUAUUAAUAAAUAUAGAACGACAACACUAAUAUAUAUUUAAAUUUUUUUUCUCAAGGUUUUUAAAAAUUUAUUGAUACGACAAAAACAAUAAAAAUAAAUCUUUACCUUACAAUAAAGAACAUGAGAAAUCUUCUAGAAAACUUUGCUAUAUAAAGGAAAAUCUAAAAACCUCUAUUACUUAUGAUGUAUAUAGUCGAACCUCAUUAUAAUAUACUCAAGUCUAAAAAAUGCUACUCCAUUUGAAGAAUCUGAUAAAUGUAAUGCUUAUAUAUAUAUAUUUUAUUUUUUUCAAGUUUACACAUUGUUUCCAAUGAACACUUAUUUUGAAUAAAUUUUAUUGGAUAACACAUAGAUUUUUUUGUUCCUGUACCUCCACACCUGAAUCUGAUAUGCUUCUUCUAAACAAAGACACUAUAAAAAUCUUUAGGCCUCCUUUUGUAUGCCUUAUCCUAGUCGAUUUUAUUUGCAAAAAAAAAAAAGAUUAAAAAAACUCUGAGCACCUUGGUACGGUAGUUUUGUCACUUAGACCAUGCAGUUCUUCUCUUUCAAUGUAGCAGCCCUCUCAGUAUGGUGAAUAUUUUUUUUUAAGGAAGGAAAUAAUCUUUCUAAAGAAGUGUUGGUUGUAGAGUUUCUAUUUUGAUGUGUUGAUCAGCAUUAUAUUCACUUUUUAGUAUUUAAUAUUUGGUUGUCAAUGACUAAAAUGUUUGUCUCUCUUAAAUUAACUCUUGCGGCAUUCAUUAAUAAGAAAAGUUAUAUACCAUAUUUGCUUUAAGUAAAUGUAAUUGUAUGCAUUCUUACUGUUAGUGAAUUUAAUUAUUGUCAUUGGUACAACAUACACCUUACAAUAAUUUGGAUAAAUGCAAUUUUUUUUGUCGUGUCAUCCAUCACAGUAGGAUCUAAAUUGGAUUGGAUUGUUUUGUAUUAGCAAUCAUUAUAACUAAAUCUCAAUGAGCCAGUUUUUUUCUCCUCUUCUUAUAUCAUCACCCUUUAGAAAAGUCUAAAACUUGUGACCUUAAAAUUACAAAAGUAGAUCAUACCAUGCACAAACCAGGUAAGCAAUGUGGCAGGGUAAUCAAGAAGAAAUGAGUCGUUAAGACAGAGUCUACCAUGUUUACAUAGGAUUUCAAUACAAUCAUUAGACAAAGUGGUUGGUUAUGGGUGGAAAGGUGAUGAGGGUAACAUGGAAUAAAGUCAAAAAAUGUCAAUGAAUGUUAUUUUUUGUGCGUCUAUUGUGAAAAGUACUGCCUUUUAAAUAUGUACGCCAUCUGUUAGUGCUGCUGUAGUUCAUGUUGAUAUUAUUGAAGCUCCACAUUGUUAGUGUAUCAUUGUUUAACCUCUAUGGUGUACUAUUCAUAAAGUUAUCUAUAUUUUCCAAAAGUGAUGAAGAUUGAUCUUAUAAAUAGAAAAAAAAAAUAAUUAAAUACUGUUUAAUAGUAAUUGUAGUUUGCUAAAUUAAGCAAGUACAGAGCUAAGUCCAGUCUAAAAAAAAUAUUAAUGUGAUUUUCUCCUAUCAUCUGUUAAGUAAAACUAAAAAUGUUUUUCUCCCUUCGCAAGGUAUUUGCAAUGUACUGAAAGUUACUGGAAUUUGUCUAUUUAGCCAUAAAAAAUCUAUUGUACAUUUUGACAUAAUUCCAUUCACUUGGGCAAUUGUCAUAAAUUGUCAGCAUUUUAUGUUAGUCUCUUAGCGAACGAAAUGAUUGUAUAUAUGGUUUAAUAUCUGCAGUACUUAAGCUAAAUAGAUGUUCUAUUAUAAUAUAAAUGUAAUGUAAUUGAAAGAUAGAACUUUCUGUUAUAAAUUGUGUUUCUGUUAUGCAAAAAGGUCAGUUAAAAUAUUUUAUUAAUGAAUUAAUUUUGUUUUUUUAUACAAUACAUUAACUGGGUCAACAAUAAAUUGGUUAUAAAUGUAUACAAUUUUGAAUAUUAGUAUUUCAGUAUCUAUAGGUUUGCAAAAAAGACAUUAAUUUUAUUUAGUCAGUGGCUGGAUAUUUUUAUGUAGCUGUGUUCAUGAUGUUGAUGACUUCAAAAAGAAAUUGAAUAUUUUUUCAAUAACAUUUUGUAUUUCCCCUCUUACACAGUCUUGACCACAUCAACAUUUCAAUAAGGAUAAUAAUAAUAAUAACUCAAUUCAAUGUUAAUAACACUGAUUUGGAACCUACCAAAGCUCAACACUGCAGUGAAUGCAUAUAUCUGUGAAACACGCACAAUAUUAUUCUUUAUUCUUAGUCAUGGCAUUAAACUGAUGUUUUCCCAUCUGUUUUGAUCUGUAGAACAUCUUCCUAAUUCCUUUUGUUUUGUAUGUACAAAGACCCCUCUAAUUUUGACAUUUUGUAGGGUAUAUUUAUACGUAUUUAAAAUUUAUGGAUGAUGCAGAACAAAACACAUAAUGUAAGAAUCUGUUUUAACAUAUAUUUUUUUGCAUACAAUUAAAAUGAAAAGAAAACUACUGAUAUCAAUGUACCUAAUGCUCUCACAUUGACUUAUCAAAUUUGGAUUGAAAUUUUUGAGAACUUGAAUCUCAGUGUAGAGAAAUCUGCAAACAGAUUUACAGUUGCAUUGAAACUACUUAGCAUCUUUCUUGCUUUAAUCUGCAUUGCUUGAUAAAUAAAAAAUAAAAAAAAGCCAAAAACUCUGUACUCCUUCCUGAAUUGUAUCUUAAGUUCUAACUAAUUUUGAUUAUGUGCAAUAUUUCUAAAUACUCAUAUCCUAAGUACAGAUUAAUAGUAUUUAUAUUUUCAAAAUAUCUUCAAACCUGGUUAGAACAUCUGUGUAAGGUGCAUUCAUAUGUUGGCUAAAAGUACAAACAGAAAUAAAAAUCCAGUGGCUUUUUAUCACAGAUUAUUUUAACUUAAUGUCAACAGAAAUCUACAUCUAAGAGUCUAGGUCUAUUAAAGAUUUGAAGACACAGAAAAUUAUUUAGGAAAAAAAACAACAUAAAUAACAUUAGGAAAUAAGUAUCACAGUUUUAAAAAGCCAACACACUGACUAUUACUAAAGCUCUUUUAAAAAUGCAUUUCUCUAUAGAUCCUUCACCUCUAACAUUUAAUCGAGGACCAUUACUCUAGUACCUAACAAAACUAACCAACUAUAUUGCUAUAUUGAUUCAUUCUUUCUAAAAACUUGAUCUAAGUACAAUCAUCUUAAUUGUGGUUGAAAAUGUAAUAAAAAAUAUUCAAAUAAUAAAUUUUUGAAGUAUUUUAAAAUUUCUUGGGCAGAAUUUUAGUUCUAAGCAAAACAGUUUACUUUAUCCAAACAUUUAAAGUUUUUUGAUAACAUAUUUUGUAUGUUAAGAUGCAUAUUUUGACAUUUAACUAGCAAUUACCACUGAUAAAUUAAUAGAAACUUUAUUGUACCCGUAGACUUCUUUAUUUACUAGCUGUACUGAGACUGAAAGAUUUUUUUUUUGUCUUUAAAUAUUUUUGUAGAAACCUAAUAUUGUUUUGUAGGUGUUCAUAAUUAUUAUUAGUAAACAUCCCAACUUUCAAAUAUAAUUAAACACAGUAGUUUAAAUUAGUUAAUUGUUUAAAUGUUAUUUGCUGUUUUUUAUUUCAAUAUUUAGCAGAAUCAUAUUAGUAGACCAAAUUAUAAGCCAUUUUAAAGACCACCUUGCUGUGAGCACAAUUAUACACCUCUUUUUUUUUUUUUAAAUAAAUAUAAUGUGGUUUUCUUGUACACAAGGGCAUUGUUUAUUCAGUGUCUCUUUUACUUAAUAUCUUUGAUAGUAAUAAAUAAAUAAGGCAUUGCCUCUUAAGAUUAAAUGACAUGAGAGCUGAGUUCAACUUGAUAUAAUGAUGAGUGUUGGCAUGACAUGCAUUGUGUAAAUUUGUUUCAGUUUAGAUAAAACGUAAACAAAAUUAUAUAACUGGUAAUGGGACAUUUCAUUGAAUUGCUUAAACAAACCUAAAGAUUUUGCUUUUUUGACAAAUUGAAGAAAGUUCUCAAUUCAGAAAUUAUUAAUUAAUUGCAUAAUUUUUUUAAAAAUCAUAUUUUUAGCAAUUAUAGGAAAAUAAGCUUUCAUUAUUUGUUACUAUUCUGUUUCUGUAAAAAAAACAAAACAACAAAAAAAAAGUAUACUUAUUAAUGUUUCUUGAAUUGAUUAAAGAUAUCUGUCCAUUUCCCCCCAUCUGUUUUGUUGGCCAACCACAUUCUUCCUUUUUCAUAAAAUGCUAGCCAUUUUAUUUUCCUUUGUAAAAUUAUAAAGUAAUAAAAUAUUUUGUUUUGCAAAUUAAA